UCCGGUGCAUAGCUAUUUCUGAAGGAGCAUUGGUUCAAGCACAAUCAAUUGGCUUGCUUUUAUCAGAUUGAAGAAUAUACUCAGGCUUUCAAAGAUGGCUCUUAAUAAGCUCAGCAUUGAAAAUGUGGAUCUAAAAGGAAAACGUGUUUUCAUGAGGGUGGAUUUCAAUGUUCCCAUUAAAGAAGGGAAAAUCACCAGCAACCAACGUAUUGUUGCUGCCUUGGAUAGUAUCAAAUAUGCUUUGGAUAAGGGAGCAAAAUCGGUCGUCCUUGCUUCACAUUUGGGUCGUCCUGACGGCAAUAAAAAUACGAAGUAUACGUUAGCUCCGGUAGCUGAUGAAUUGAAAAAGUUGUUAGGACGUGAUGUUUCUUUCCUGAGUGAUUGUAUAGGUGCAGAAGUAGAAUCGGCCUGUAAAGACCCGGCUUCCGGCUCGGUUAUUCUGCUGGAAAAUGUUCGCUUCUACGUUGAGGAAGAAGGAAAAGGUGUUGAUGCAUCAGGCAAUAAGGUCAAAGCCGAUAAGGACAAGGUCAAAACUUUCCGCGAAAGCCUGGCUAAAUUGGGUGAUGUAUAUAUCAAUGAUGCUUUUGGUACGGCCCAUCGCGCUCACAGUUCAAUGAUGGGAGAAGGCUACGCUCAGCGCGCCGCCGGAUUGCUGUUGAAUAAGGAGCUGCGAUAUUUCUCACAAGCUCUCGAUAAUCCACCUCGUCCAUUCCUUGCCAUCUUGGGAGGCGCGAAAGUAGCCGACAAGAUUCAACUCAUCGAGAAUUUGCUUGACAAAGUUAACGAAAUGAUAAUUGGCGGUGGUAUGGCGUUUACCUUCUUGAAAGUAUUGAAUAAUAUGGAAAUCGGUGGUUCGUUAUUCGACGAAGAAGGAUCAAAGAUCGUACAGAAACUUGUCGACAAAGCCAAGAAAAAUAGUGUACAGCUGCAUUUGCCAGUUGAUUUUGUAACCGGUGAUAAAUUUGCUGAAAAUGCUGCUGUUGGAGCAGCUACAGUUGAAGGUGGCAUCCCUGCCGGACACAUGGGAUUGGAUGUGGGACCGAAAUCACGAGAAGCGUUCGGAGCACCAAUCGCGCGUGCAAAAAUCAUUGUCUGGAAUGGUCCACCUGGUGUGUUCGAGUUUCCAAACUUCGCCAAUGGAACCAAGGGUUUGAUGGAUGGUGUUGUUGCUGCAACUAAAGCUGGUGCCGUCAGUAUCAUAGGCGGUGGUGACACUGCUUCGUGCUGUGCUAAAUGGGGCACCGAAUCUCAGGUCUCCCACGUCUCAACCGGUGGCGGUGCAUCGUUGGAACUUUUGGAGGGUAAAGUUCUACCUGGUGUUGAUGCUUUAAGCAGCGCGUAAAUAUUCAGUGUAUAGCAAAUACCAAUAAUUAUCACCAGCACAUAAGCUGAAAGUCAUGGCCGGUAGUCACUCUCAUGGCUUGGCUUAUAAUAUUAGUAUUGUUGAAAGUCUAGACAAAGCAUAAACACGUUAAGUUCUUUACAAAUUAUCACCCAAAAUUAUAAUUAAAUGUUAAAUAACAUGGAAGAAUAAAGUAUGAUACUGCUUCUAUGAAAAAGCACGAGUAA